GCCCCGCCGGCUUCGCGGGCUGGAGAGCGAGGGAGCCGCGGGCGAGGGAUCGCAGGAUGAGCGAUCGGGGCCCGGGCAGCCGGCAGCGGACGCGCCCCCCGAGCCCACCGGCCCGCGCUCCGCGCCCCCCACGGCCCCGCGGCCCCGGUCCCGGCCGCGCCGCCCGCGUCCCCCGAGCCCCGCAGGCCAUGCCCGGCCGGCCCUAAGCGCGGGCCGGGGGGCGUCCCCUUGCGCCCGGGCCCCGCGCUGGCGCCCCCCGGGCCGCCGCCAGGCGCCGGGGCCAUGGCGUUCACCUUCGCCGCGUUCUGCUACAUGCUCACCCUGGUGCUGUGCGCCUCCCUCAUCUUCUUUGUCAUCUGGCACAUCAUAGCCUUUGACGAGCUGCGGACCGACUUCAAGAACCCCAUCGACCAGGGGAACCCAGCGCGGGCACGCGAGCGUUUAAAAAACAUCGAACGCAUCUGCUGCCUCCUGCGGAAGCUGGUGGUCCCAGAAUACUCCAUCCACGGCCUCUUCUGUCUGAUGUUUCUGUGUGCAGCAGAGUGGGUGACCCUGGGCCUCAACAUCCCCCUCCUCUUCUACCACCUCUGGAGGUACUUCCACCGUCCUGCGGAUGGCUCUGAGGUCAUGUAUGACGCGGUCUCCAUCAUGAAUGCUGACAUCCUCAACUACUGCCAGAAGGAGUCCUGGUGCAAACUCGCCUUCUACCUGCUCUCCUUCUUCUAUUACCUGUACAGUAUGGUUUAUACGUUGGUGAGUUUCUAAAGGGGAAGCCGGCCAGGGAGCGAGCCCAGAACGGACCGGACGCCUGUGCACCCCAGCCCUGCCCCUUGGCCACAGAGGCCUCAGUCCUGGGGAAGGAGGGGGCACUGGUGCCCCCAGCCUCUCCAACCCCCAAACUGCUGCUGCGGGGACUCCCCCACCCCCGCCUUCAGGGCCCUCCCCCUUGGACCAGGGCUGAGCAGAGCUCUAAAUAGGGGCAGGGGCUCCUCUGCCAGCCCACCGGCAUGGCAGUCAGUCCUGGAAGGGCGGGACCUCUGGCCUUGUCCAUUUCGGGGGAAACUUGGGCCCUGCCAUGGGCCAGAGCUUGACCCUGGAAAUUCUGGGCCACCCCCCUCCACCCCCACCCUGAGGCCCCCCUGCAGGUGGGGGGCACCCACACCCAGAAUGAGCAGGCUCAGCAGGGGGCAACCCCACCCCUAGUCUGCCCUCCUCCCUCCCCCAGGCUUUUUUUCCAGCCCCCGUCUUCACUCACCCCAGCCUCAGCCCACCCUGUCUCUUGGACCUAUUUUCUAUGUCGCCUGGAGGAGUCCGGCACCCCCUCCCCAGCCAUUUGUGACAAAAUAUGAAUAAACUACUGCAAACACAUGG